GGUUUUCUUGUCCACCAGUGUCCUGUCGAGUCGUGUGUUUACAGUAAAAACACUGACCGGUGAAGAGGAGAGUCGACUGCCACUGACAGACAAAUCGGUGGACUAAAUACUUCUGGAUAGGGCUGUUGGUGUCAGCGACGCAAAAUUAGAGAAGCUAGCUAUGCAACCAGUUUGAAGUCCAUUUCUGUUGAAGGUGCUUGAGUGCUGUGCUACGUGGAGCCAUCAUCAGAUCUCUUACAAGGCGACCACAACUUGCACAGGAAGGAAGGGAACUAGUGCUGCUAGUAGUUACAGCUAUCUGGCUAGCCAGCGACCUAACGUUAGCUAAUGAGUCAGGCUAACUGGAAAUAGUAUGUAAGGAUCCUAUUUACGUUUGUCAUUUGUAUACAGUAGGAAGCUAUAUAACAUUAGCUAAAUGUAGAGUUAUUUAUUUUAUGCAAGCUAUCGUUGUUAGUAUAGCUUUAUGCUACGAGUUAGCUUUAGCAUUGGACGUUAUCUAGCUAACACUCAGAGCAAACAAGUAUGAAUAUUGUCAUGCACCAGCUACAAUCUUUGAUAUAACUGCUAGCCAUAGCUAGCAAUUUAUCAUCCCACGCGAAAGGCACAUGAUUGACAGAUGUCAGCAGACUGCAUACUGUAGGGGCCCAAGGUGAAAACGGAAGACCCAGCCCCAUGACUACCAGGAUUUGGGUGUGAACUGUAAAGCAAGUUGCAACAUUUGGGACAGAAUGUCUCUUCUGCUGAUCGUCAUACUUGCAAUUAUCCUGCUUGGGAUACUGUUGGUUGCAUUAUUCAGAUGGUUCAUAUGCAGCCUGGCAGUGCGAUUCUUCCAGAAUGUCCUGAACGCAGAACUGAAGAUCCAGUCUGUUGGGCUCUUGUCAGUACGAGGAAUUAGUGUCCAGUUUCAGCCCCAGCACACUAUAGAAAUCGACAAGAUAUGGAUUUCAAGUAAACUGUUAAACCCUGACCUGCCGAGGUACCUGGCCCUUUGUGUUGGUGAGACCAGAGUGAGGUUUGACCUUCAGGAGUCUCUGAAACCUCAGAAGCCCAGGACCCAUGGAGGAGAGUCAGGGAGACUUCCUCUCAGCCCUGCAACAUUACACUUCCUGUCUCAGCUGCUGUCUUUCCACAUGGACUCUAUCAAUGUGAUGGUGCUGAACCUAGCCCUGUCAGAGUCCCUGUGGCACAUGACCACCAAAGACAUCACCCUGCUGCUCAACCACCACAGCAAAAGGUUGGCCUGGGACUUCUCUGUGGGCCAGCUGAGCAGCAAAGUGCUCAAAAGCAGCCGUCUGGACACGUGUCUGGCGGAGGUGUCCCUGAGCCUGGGGCUGUCUGGGGACAUGACCCUGCCUGAGCUGCGUCCAGGCAGGCUGUCCCUGUGCGUGAGGACCCUGUUGGCUGAGCUCCACGAGGGCCUGUUCCUCAGCCAACUGCUGCUGCCCUCGACCCCUCAGAGAAACACCCACUCCAACGGAUAUGACGAGGACGAGUUCAUCAAGACAGAGGCCGUGGAGCAGUUUCACCAGCUUAUUCCCCAGAAGGUCAACGUGGAGUUUGAGAAUACUAACAUAACUCUGUCCAUGCACAGUCAGAAAAGACACUUGAAUUGGACCCUGAAGUCCCUGAAGGUGGGCUAUGGACGUGAGGACGAGCAGCUGCCUCUAAGGAGCUUCAGCCCAGAGCUGAGCUUCCCCCAGAGCAACCUGGAGUUCCUUCUGGAGGAUGGGCUUCUUCUUUCACAGAGCAGACAAAGAAUACUCUGCCUUAAUACACUCCGGACUGUUCUGCAGGCAACAUCAGUGGACAUAUCGGGGUCAGUCACAGUCAACACCUGCAUCAUCCACUACCGUCACCAGGAGUUCUCCCAUUGGCUGGACCUGUUUCCAUGGGAACAGCUCAUUCACAGGAAAACAGCUCAUAGAAAGAGUCCAGUGGAGUAUUUGCAUACCCUUCUGUCCCUCAGGCGUUUCCCCCACCUGGAAGCCCCAGUGAUGAUCAGCUCCUCUGUGUCCAACGUCAAUGUGUCGGUCCAGCUGGUCGACACGCCUCCCUUUGCUCUGGGCUUCAUCUCAGCCAGCACAGAGCUGCAGCAUCUCCUGGACAUCAGGACUGUGGCCGAGAGCCUGCAGACCCAGAGCGUGCACCAGCGUGGCUCCCUGUCCCUGGACCACUUCUGGUGGAGGGUGGGCCAGGGCUCCCACAUCCAGCAGGCCCCACACCCCCCAGGCAAACACGUGUGGGGGGAGGCCCUGAUCCUUGACUCCCUCACUCUGCAGGGGAGCCUCAACAAGCCCCAGCUGGAGUCGAACAGCCAGGCUCCGAGCCUGAGCGUGGAGUCCAGCCUAAAGGGACUCCAGCUGGAGAUAUCAGAGACCUGCGGCCUGUGCCUGUCCCGCCUGCUCUCUCUCUGUAACCUGGCCGGCUCCCGGAGGCUGAGGGCGGCCGAGCAGCCGGACGUGGUGCCCUGCUCCGUCCUCGCCGACGGGGACGUCACCUCCACCCACCAAGCGCACCUUCCCCUGCUCUUCAAACUAGAGUGUAGCCUGGAGGAUGUCAAUGUGUUCACGCUCUCCAAUGUGGCUGGUGCCGUGUCGUUGCGAGUGGACACUGUGGAGGCCUUGGGCUCUGGGGAGAGCUACAGGGUGUCUGUCCAGGGGGUGACUCUGUCCGUGGUGAAAGCUCUUACAGAGACCGUGGAGCCGUGCUGUCCCUCCGCCCAGAUCCUCAACCCCGUCCUCAAACUCCGCACCCUGGCCCUCUGCUACCACGUCACCACCUGGACCCUGGAGGUCCAAUGUGAGGAGGAGCUGGAGGUGCAGUGGAUGCCGUCCGACCACAUGUUCCUGUACCACCACGCCACGGAGAGCCACAGCUGCUGGGCUUCCCUGUGCGACUCUCUGGGGCUGCACCAUGGAGUGGAGAGUCCAGAAGCAGCUCCCCCGGAGAGCCAGACGGCCCAUGGGCAUAGCAGAGUGCUGUGCGUGCGGGCGGAGCUGGGCCGUACCCGCCUCACGGCGCACGUGACUGAGAAGAACUACAUCCUGUGGCACACGCACGCCCUCUCCGUCUCCGCCCACGCCGGCUCCGUGCACCUGCGCUCGCCCCACCUGCUGCUCAACUUCGACGGCAACGACAUCUUCUCCUUCAAGGGUCUGGACGUCCAGACGCACCCCGAGCUGAAGGAGAUGGCGCACCACCGGCACGGAUUCCCCUUCCUCGCCACGCCCCACAACCGCACCUGGGUCUUCACCUGCCCCAACCUGUCCGUGGAGUUCCCUUACCAGUACAACUUCUCCAAAACCUUCGACAAGGCCAUCAGCGUGCAGAAGUGGCUGAAGACCCUCCACCACAGGCCCGACGAGAUCCCAGACCUCCAGCGGCUGCCCCCAGACCUGGUCUUCAGCAUCAGCCAGUUCUCCUUCGUCUUCCUGGACGACGUGUUUGAGAUCAAGCUGCGGGACAACUACGAGCUGAUGAAGGACGAGAGCAAGGAGAGCGCCAAGCGGCUGCAGCUGCUGGACAAGAAGGUGGCGGACCUGAGGAAGCAGCACGGGGAGCUUCUCCCCGCCAGGAAGAUCGAGGAGCUGUACACCUCGCUGGAGAGGAAGCACAUCGAGAUCUACAUCCAGCGCUCGCGCCGCCUCUACUCCAACACGCCCAUGAGGAAGUCCCUGCUCACCUGGACGGUGUCGGACCUGGAGCUGGUGGUGCUGGCUGACCGGUCGCUCCACGGGCCCGAGCGGGUCAGGGAGCAGCUCCGGGACAUUGACGGGGUCAGCCCCUUCCCCAGAGACGGGCUCCCCCUGGUGGUCCAGUGGUGUAGGGCGGUCAAGUUCCAACUCGCCGCAUUCCUGGUGAGGAUCCGGGACUAUCCUCGCUACCUGUUUGAGAUCCGGGACUGGGACCUGGCCGGACGUCUGAUUGGCACAGAGCAGGAUGGGCAGGCCAGAGCUCGCCGCAAACAGGUGGUCCCAUUGGGCCAGCCCUGGGGUGACAUCAUCGUCCUCAGGAACAUGCCCCCACUCAAGUUUUACUAUGAUUUCACCUCCAACAUAUCUCUCUACACUAUCGUGUGGGGUCCAUGCUGGGACCCAGCCUGGACUCUGAUUGGUCAGGUGGUGGAUCUGUUAACCAAGCCCACUGUGGACCCCUCCCCUUCCCUGGCCUGGUGGGACAAGAGUCGCCUGCUGAUGCACGGCCACUGGGUCAUGAACAUCGACCAGGCGAACCUGCACCAGCUGGCCACCGAGGACCCCUAUAACACUACAGAGAACAUGCACUGGGAAUGGAACAAGCUCAUGUAUGAAUGGAACCCUGGACAGUUUGUCUUUAAAGGAGACAUGGACGUGAAUGUGAGGACUGCCUCUAAGUAUGAUGACAUUUGUUUCCUGCACCUGCCCAACCUGUGCAUGACCCUCGACCUCCAAUGGCUGUGUCACGGCAACCCCCAUGACCACCACGCCGUGAUGCUCUGCUGCGCGGAGAACGUAGCCGAUGUGACCUCGGGUCAAGCCCACGACUCUUACAGAGCCUUCCGCUCAGAGAACCUGAACCUCUCCAUCACCAUGGACCUCAACCAGCACUGUGGCACAGAACCCUGUCAGCCCAGGAUCCUGCUGUACAGCAGCACGCUGCGAUGGAUGCAGAACUUCUGGGCCACCUGGACGGGGGUGUCGCGCCCCAUCUGCAGGGGCAAGCUGUUUCAAAGCCUCAGGCCUUUCCGCAAGAAGCUGGGCCAGCACUACAAACAGAUGUCCUACACCGCGGCCUUCCCACAGCUACAAGUGCAUUACUGGGCGUCCUUCGCCCAGCAGAGAGGGAUCCAGGUAGAGUGCAGUAAGGGCCACGUCUUCACCAGAGGAGCCCAGAGGCUCAUCCCCCAGGCUGGCACGGUGAUGAGGAGGCUGAUCUCGGAGUGGAACGUGACCCAGAUGGUGAGCGAGCUCACCCAGAUGACAGUCCACCUCAUGGCGUCCACCAGGGACGAGACGGCCGACCACCAGAUCAACGCCCAGGUGAAGAAGACCCACCUGCUCAGCCUGUCGUCCCUCAGCUACCAGCGCCAGAGCAACCGCAUGGAGGAGGAAGUGAACCCCAAGGACGAAAGCAACGCCUCCUACACACACAAGCUGUGCCUGGUGGACCUGCGAGCGUCCUGGACCACCACCAACAGAAACAUAGCGUUCGGCCUGUACGACGGCUACAAGAAGGCGGCCGUGCUGAAGAGGAACCUGUCCACCGAGGCCCUGAAGGGCCUGAGGAUCGACACCCAGCUGCAGGCCAAGAAGCUCAAGCGCUCCCUCUCCAACUACUCUCCCAGCUCGGCCCCCUCCGCCCCGGCCGUGCCCAGCACCAGCCGUGCAGAGAAGAGCCAGAACGAAGGGACGUCCAUGCUGCAGAAGCUGAUCGAGGAGACGGACAAGUUUGUGGUGUUCUCGGAGGAGGACUCUGGCGUGAGCGACCUGCUGUGUGGCAUCGCCGCCUGCCAGACGGACGACGUCUACAACCGCAACUGGUUCAUCGAGCUGGUCAACUGCCAGAUGAUGCUGCGGGGCACGGAGACAGCUGGAUGCGUGCUGGUGUCGGCCGCCAAGGCCCAGCUGCUGCAGUGCGAGCACCACCCCGCCUGGUACAGCGACACGCUCAAGCAGAAGACCACCUGGACCUGCCUGCUGGACGGCAUGCAGUACUUUGCCACCAUGGAGCCCAACCCGUCAGACCAGGAGGACUGGCAGCUGUGGCUGGAGGUGAAGAACAUCGAGGAGCACAGAGAGAAGAACCUGGACUCGGUUCUGGAGCUGAUGGAGAGUGGCCAGGCCGUGGGGGGCAUGGUCAGCACCACCACAGACUGGAACCUGCCUGCCCAGGUGAACGACACCCAGCAGGUGCAGCGGAUCAUCUCUCGCUGCAGCUGCCGUAUGUACUACGUGGGCUACAGCCACGACAUCGACCCUGAGCUGGCCACGCAGAUCAAGCCCCCAGACCUGAGGGGCAGCCACGAGAAGGAGGACCUGCUGAAGAAACAGGCGGGGGCGGUGGACACCUUCACCCUUACUCACCACGACCUGGAGAUCUCCACCAACCCCGUGCAGUACGCCAUGAUCCUGGACAUCGUCAACAACCUGCUGCUGCACGUGGAGCCCAAACGCAAGGAGCACAGUGAGAAGAAGCAGCGCGUCCGCUUCCAGCUGGAGAUCUCCAGUAACCCGGAGGAGCAGCGCAGCAGUAUCCUGCACCUGCAGGAGGCCGUCCGGCAGCACGUGGCCCAGAUCAGACGCCUGGAGAAGCAGAUCUACUCCAACAGCAGGGCCCAUACAGAGGAUCUGAGAGGAGACGAGCUGUGCGAGAUCAUCGUGAGGCUGCAGAACCAGCUGAACCAGGAGAAGACGGACAUGCAGAUGAAGAGCGAGGAGCUCAACAUCCUCAUCAGGUGUUUCAAGGACUUUCAGCUGCAACGGGCCAACAAGCUGGAGCUCCGCAAGCCCCCCGAGGACGUCAGCGUGGUGAGGAGGACCGAGAUCUGCUUCGCCCAGGCCCGCUGGUGCCUCACCGAGGAGGACGGCCAGCUGGGCAUCGCUGAGCUGGAGCUGCAGAGGUUCAUGUACAGCAAGCUGAACAAGUCUGACGACACUGCGGAACACCUCCUGGAGCUGGGCUGGUUCACCAUGAACAACCUUCUGCCCAACGCCGCCUACAAGGUGGUGCUGCGUCCUCAGAGUCCCUGCCAGUCAGGCCGCCAGUUCGCCCUCCGCAUCUUCAGCAAAGUCCGACCCCCGGUGGGAGGCAUCUCAGUCAAGGAGCACUUUGAGGUCAACGUGGUGCCUCUCACCAUCCAGCUCAUGUACCAGUUCUUCAAAAGGAUGAUGGGAUUUUUCUUCCCGGGGAGGAACGUGGAGGAGGAGGAAGUUGCUGAUGAAGAGGACAAGUUCCGAUUGGUCACCACAGGUAUUCCUGUGGUGAAACCCCGUCAGCUCUCAGAAGACACCAUGGGGGCUCUGGGCCCCAGCAAAGGGGUCACCCAGGGGUUAAACCGCACAGCAGGGGUCAGGAGGUCGUUCCGCAAAACCCCAGAGCAUCCUGUGGAUGACAUAGAUAAAAUGAAGGAGAGGGCAGCCAUGAACAACUCCUUCAUCUACAUUAAGAUUCCCCAGGUCCCCCUCUGCGUCAGCUACAAGGGAGAGAAGAGCAGUGUAGACUGGAAGGACCUGAACCUGGUCCUGCCCUGCCUGGAGUACCACAACAACACCUGGACCUGGCUGGACUUUGCCAUGGCUGUGAAGAGAGACAGUCGCAAAGCUCUGGUGGCACAGAUGAUCAAGGAGAAGCUGCGUCUGAAGCCGGCGUCUGGCUCGGACACGCGCGGCAAGGCGUCCGAGGGCAAGUCUGACAGCAUGCAACAGCAGGAGGAGGACGAGAAGGCCCGGCUGCUCAUCGGACUCAGCACCGCCGACAAGAGCACCAGCAAGAAAAGCAUCUUCAGCCGCCGCAAGUGACGCACGAGCACACACGCUUACACACACGUGCUUACACACACGUGCUUACACACUCACACUGAGACAGUACCAUGCUGUGGCAGCUACCCACCCCAUUCCCUAGUUUAGGGAAUUAGGCAGAGACCAGACCGUCUUUUGUGUGGAGAACUGGGGCUUUGGCGUUAAUCCACUGGGAGGGAGGGGGGGAGGAGAG